AUGGGAGAGUACAGCGGAGCGAUGGGGAAACACUCUGCCUCUGGUAGGCAGCAGCAGCUCCACAAAGAGCCUCCCAUGGAGAGGAGCCCUUACUACGACAAGGUACUGCCUGUCGCUCCUUCCUCUCGUCUGGCUAGUCUACUUUCUCCCAGCGCUGCACUGCCCCCUGGUGUUAGCCCAGUGUCAUAUCAGAAUGUAUCCCCCUGGUGUUAGCCGAGUGUCAUAUCAGAAUGUAUCCCCCUGGUGUUAGCCGAGUGUCUCAUCAGAAUGUAUCCCCCUGGUGUUAGCCGAGUGUCUCAUCAGAAUGUAUCCCCCUGGUGUUAGCCGAGUGUCUCAUCAGAAUGUAUCCCCCUGGUGUUAGCCGAGUGUCUCAUCAGAAUGUAUCCCCCUGGUGUUAGCCGAGUGUCUCAUCAGAAUGUAUCCCCCUGGUGUUAGCCGAGUGUCAUAUCAGAAUGUAUCCCCCUGGUGUUAGCCGAGUGUCAUAUCAGAAUGUAUCCCCCUGGUGUUAGCCGAGUGUCUCAUCAGAAUGUAUCCCCCUGGUGUUAGCCGAGUGUCUCAUCAGAAUGUAUCCCCCUGGUGUUAGCCGAGUGUCUCAUCAGAAUGUAUCCCCCUGGUGUUAGCCGAGUGUCUCAUCAGAAUGUAUACCCCCUGGUGUUAGCCGAGUGUCAUAUCAGAAUGUAUACCCCCUGGUGAUAGCCGAGUGUCAUAUCAGAAUGUAUGCCCCCUGGUGUUAGCCGAGUGUCAUAUCAGAAUGUAUCCCCCUGGUGUUAGCCGAGUGUCAUAUCAGAAUGUAUUCCCCCUGGUGUUAGCCGAGUGUCAUAUCAGAAUGUAUCCCUCUGGUGUUAGCCGAGUGUCUCAUCAGAAUGUAUCCCCCUGGUGUUAGCCGAGUGUCAUAUCAGAAUGUAUCCCUCUGGUGUUAGCCGAGUGUCUCAUCAGAAUGUAUUCCCCUGGUGUUAGCUGAGUGUCAUAUCAGAAUGUAUCCCCCCUGGUGUUAGCCGAGUGUCAUAUCAGAAUGUAUCCCCCUGGUGUUAGCCGAGUGUCAUAUCAGAAUGUAUUCCCCUGGUGUUAGCCGAGUGUCAUAUCAGAAUGUAUCCCCCUGGUGUUAGCUGAGUGUCAUAUCAGAAUGUAUCCCCCUGGUGUUAGCCGAGUGUCAUAUCAGAAUGUAUUCCCCCUGGUGUUAGCCGAGUGUCUCAUCAGAAUGUAUCCCCCUGGUGUUAGCCGAGUGUCUCAUCAGAAUGUAUCCCCCUGGUGUUAGCCGAGUGUCAUAUCAGAAUGUAUCCCCCUCGUGUUAGCCGAGUGUCUCAUCAGAAUGUAUCCCCCUGGUGUUAGCCGAGUGUCUCAUCAGAAUGUAUCCCCCUGGUGUUAGCCGAGUGUCUCAUCAGAAUGUAUCCCCCUGGUGUUAGCCGAGUGUCAUAUCAGAAUGUAUCCCUCUGGUGUUAGCCGAGUGUCUCAUCAGAAUGUAUCCCCCUGGUGUUAGCCGAGUGUCUCAUCAGAAUGUAUCCCCCUGGUGUUAGCUGAGUGUCAUAUCAGAAUGUAUCCCCCCUGGUGUUAGCCGGGUGUCAUAUCAGAAUGUAUCCCCCUGGUGUUAGCCGAGUGUCAUAUCAGAAUGUAUUCCCCUGGUGUUAGCCGAGUGUCAUAUCAGAAUGUAUCCCCCUGGUGUUAGCUGAGUGUCAUAUCAGAAUGUAUCCCCCUGGUGUUAGCCGAGUGUCAUAUCAGAAUGUAUACCCCCUGGUGAUAGCCGAGUGUCAUAUCAGAAUGUAUUCCCCCUGGUGUUAGCCGAGUGUCAUAUCAGAAUGUAUCCCCCUGGUGUUAGCCGAGUGUCUCAUCAGAAUGUAUCCCCCCUGGUGUUAGCCGAGUGUCAUAUCAGAAUGUAUUCCCCCUGGUGUUAGCCGAGUGUCUCAUCAGAAUGUAUCCCCCUGGUGUUAGCUGAGUGUCAUAUCAGAAUGUAUCCCCCCUGGUGUUAGCCGAGUGUCUCAUCAGAAUGUAUCCCCCUGGUGUUAGCCGAGUGUCUCAUCAGAAUGUAUCCCCCCUGGUGUUAGCCGAGUGUCUCAUCAGAAUGUAUCCCCCCUGGUGUUAGCCGAGUGUCUCAUCAGAAUGUAUCCCCCUGGUGUUAGCCGAGUGUCUCAUCAGAAUGUAUCCCCCUGGUGUUAGCCGAGUGUCAUAUCAGAAUGUAUCCCCCUGGUGUUAGCCGAGUGUCAUAUCAGAAUGUAUCCCCCUGGUGUUAGCCGAGUGUCAUAUCAGAAUGUAUCCCCCUGGUGUUAGCCGAGUGUCUCAUCAGAAUGUAUCCCCCUGGUGUUAGCCGAGUGUCAUAUCAGAAUGUAUCCCCCUGGUGUUAGCCGAGUGUCAUAUCAGAAUGUAUUCCCCCUGGUGUUAGCCGAGUGUCAUAUCAGAAUGUAUCCCCCUGGUGUUAGCCCAGUGUCAUAUCAGAAUGUAUCCCCCUGGUGUUAGCCGAGUGUCAUAUCAGAAUGUAUUCCCCUGGUGUUAGCCGAGUGUCAUAUCA